AUGCCUCCGCGCGCUGAGCCGCUUCGGCAGAAGCUUCCGCGGCUGAGCCGCUACGCCGAGAGCCUGGCGCGCUCGGAGCGUGCCUACGGUUCUCGCGAGCGAAGUCCACAGCCAGAGGUGCUUCCCGCCAGUGAGGAGCCUGAUCCUGGGCGUGACGCAGAGAACGCCGCGCUAGAAGAGCGCGCAGAUGCUGCGGCACUGAAUCUGGUGGUGCGGCGCUUGGCCUACGAAAGCUAUGAGGUCCGUAUGGCACGUGCCCAAUGCUUGGCCAUUUUGCUGUCUCCGAUGGAGACCAGCGACGCACUGUUGCAGCUGGAGAUGCACCUGCACUGGGACACUGAGAGCAGUGGCACCGUGCGCUCGGCCAGUGUGGUGGAGCACGACUCGCCGGGACAGGUGUCACCCAGCUCCAGCUUCGUCCCGAGUCUUGCGGCAGAGGAUUUGAUGAGCCAUGCCUUGCAGAGCCUUUUUGACCUUUGA